AUGCUACAAGACGCCAAUAAGAUCGGCAAGGGGAAUCUCAGUUUGCUUGUGGAGAUUUUAGAGACUCUAAACAAAGGAAAAUUAGCAGAAGAAGCUAAAAGACUAGAACUGGAGCAAAUGAACGAAGCCGAGCAACCGCCUCUCGAAGGUCAUCAGCUGCAGGGUGAACAGCAUAAACAAGAGUCACCUGUCUCAUCAACGGAAUCUACAACAAAGAGUGGAACAACUGGGAGCCACCCACCGGAAGUGCAAGGUAGCGGCAUCGUCCUGGUAGAUACUCCAGGUGUAGACAUCGUUUCCGGACAGGAUCCGGAUCCAGGUCUGUGGGAGGCUUACGGCACCCGCGCUGUGACAGCGGUGUUCGUACUGGAUGGUUAUAACAUGUGUGUCGGAAAAGAGAUACAGCCUCAGAUCCACAACCUCAUUAGGUCGUUCUCUACCAUGCCAGACGAGGCAGCCAUCUUCGCCAUUAAUAAGUGGGACUUCCUUGAGUGUCAAUUGCUCGGGGAGUCCUCAAACGACAGUGACCAAGUUUUACAAGACGAAUACAACAGAAGGUGCGACUUUCUUAAGAAAGCCUGGCCACCACUUGCUGUGGACAACGCUGUGGACAACCAAGUCAUCCGUCUAAAAGCAAAGCAAGCUCUCAGCUUGGAGCUUCAGGACAGCAAAGAUGAAAAGACUAGUGACGACUGUACCAAACUCCUUUCAUGCUUGGAGGGCGCCGUCAGUUCCAGUCUUGCUACUAGAGUGAAAGAGUAUACCGAGUGGCUGCUGGAGUUUCUCAGAGAAAUCAGCGAAAUCCUAAGCCUCCAAACUGUUGAGCGAUUCAAAGACGGCCUCCUGAAAUGCGAGAUUUGGCAAGAUAUUGUCGUCCAAAUGAGGGGCCAGUUCAACAUCGGUACCAAACAUUUGGCCAGGAAGCUAAGAGAGUUCCUACAGACGAACAGAGAAGAGCUAGUGAGUAGCUGGAACCCAACGGAAGAUCAGCUACGUGACAUCAGCGGUUUUGAUGAUCUUGAAGCUCUCGUCAGGCAUCUUGUUGUCGGGAAAAUGCGUGACAUCUUAAGGGAGUGGGAGAAGAAGACGAAGAGCAUGAAGCAGUUUGAAGACAAGAUCGUCUCCGAGUUCCAAGACCAGUUCUUCUUAGUGAAGAGUGAACUAGAACGCAUUCUGCCGAAGAAAACUGACGAUGACGCACAACCUGCUAUUCAACUGCCCACCAUCGACAGUCAUUUUGUCCUCCAUGACAUCAUGUUCAAGUCUUUGCCAACAGGCAUCGCAGCCAUGUUAAAUGCAAUGUUAUUUCCGUUCGCAAUCGGGAUGGGAGUACUUGGCAAGAUACGCGAGAAAAAGGAGUACGCAGGAACCGGAGGAAACGAAGUUUUCGACCAGCGUAGAGGGUAUGUCCGACGAAAGCUGAACACAGUUCUAACAGAGGUGCUAAACAAACAGCUGUACUACAACAUCAUCAAUGACUGCUGCCAGUCAACACUGCACGUCGAUGAUUUGGCCAAUCAUAUUCCUGAGAUCAAGAGUUACCUUGAGAAGAAGAUAGAUGACAUUGAACGGAACAACGACGACGACAACAACCAGUGGACCUCCCGACUACCUGAUGUUCGAACUGACGUGCUCCUUUUCAACGCCACGGAAGUGCGGUCAUAUUCCUUACAGGUCCCGAGAGACAUCUUCUGGAAUGGCAGGGAUUUGAUUGGAGAAGGGUCGUUAAGCAAAGUCUACAGAGGUAGAAGACUGACUAAGGACGGGCCAGAUGUAGAGGUAGAGGUCUGCGUGCCGAUGUCUUUGAAGGAUGUUAUCGAGGAUUAUCAACGCGAAGAAGAGAUCCUCACCAAGCUAAACGAUGACUGCAUUGUCAAGUUCUUCGGAAAUGACUGCAUUGUCAAGUUCUUCGGAACCGCCAUUGACAGACACACUCAGUCUAGCACUGUGCAGUUGGUGAUGGUGUUUGAGCGGUGUAACUGUACCCUGAGGGAGAAGCUCCAACAAAUGCAAGAAGGGGGGCUCUCUGCUCCAGCCUCUUGCACUGGAGAAGACAGAGCUGAGGCCCUGCUGUUUGCUGCAGAUAUGGCGAAACAGACUGCACGUGCUUUGUGCUAUCUACAUGGCAAGAAACUCGUGCACGGGGACCUAAACCUUGACAACAUUUUUCUGGCUCAAGACGACAAUCCUGACAGGUUGACACUUAAACUGGCCUAUAGUGAAGUGGGCAUUGUCAAAUGCGAGCGAUUUCGGAAACAGGAGACUGGCGCUGAAGCUCCAGCAGCUCGCCUUUACAUGGCCCCAGAAGUGUUGAUGAAGUCUGCCUCCGAUAGAAAAGUGGACAUGUACAGCUUCGCCUUUGUCCUGUGGGAGCUGUGGUACGGCAGGCAGGCGGACCAUGGUAAUGGCCUCAGCGAUGACGAUUUCUGCUCGGAAGUUGUGCAAAGGAAACUUCGGCCAGCCCUGACAGAAGAUCUACCUUCUGACUGGAUGACUUUGAUCCAGAGAUGUUGGGAAGGAGAAGCCAAUAUGCGACCCACUGCUGAGGAAUGCUUAAACAGCAUUGCAAAAAUCAUCUGUGCAGCUGGUUCUCAAAAUGUUGACAUGUAA